AUGGGUUCAUUUUCACAAACUCUUUGCCUUCUCUUCCUCAUCUCCAUUGCCACCUUCUUCUUCUUCUUCAACUCCAACUUCAUGAUAUGUGAUUCCAAGAAGUUUAGACUUCUUUCUUCUACUCUUCACAAGAAGACUCAUUCCUUAUCUUUUUCUCCGGCACCGGCACCGGCACUGGCACCAAUUCCUUUACAUCGAUAUCGAACUCAUGUUAUACAUUCCAAGCCACCACCGCCACCACCUCACCGGCCUCACAUUGCACCGGCAGUGACAAAGAGAAGAGAAAAUGAAACCAAGUCUAGAGCUCAAAGAAUCACAAUAGUGAUCACCACUUCAGUCUGCACAAUUCUAGUCAUCUUCAGCAUAAUGGCCGUGAUUUUAUGUCGAAGACUUCGAAGAACUAGAAAGAAAAUGCGGCAAAGAUCAAAGGUUAACAUAAACUCCUCCUCUGAAUUUUAUCUGAAUUCUUUGUCUGCUUUCAUUGAGAGAGAUUAUCAUCAAUCUGGUCUCAUAUCUAAAGAAAUGUCAGAAACUAAGAAUGUAGUAAUGGUAUCUAGUGAUCCAUGUUCAUCUUCAGAUGAUGAAUCUUUUCAUUCAGUUUAUAACUCCUCUCAUUGUUCCACUUCUCAUUCUCCGAUUAACUCUCCAUUUCGAUCUCCGGCUUCAGAGCUUGCUCAUGAGCCUUCUUCUCCAUCUUCUCAUCUUUCCAUUGAAAUUCCAAAAUUUGCAUUUCAUAAUGCUCCACCUCCUCCUCCUCCUCCUCCACCACCACCACCACCACCGGUUAACUUACUACUGACAUGCAAUUCUGGGCACUCUCGACCACCGCUCAAUGUGCAUAGUUCUAGUCUCCGACCACCACCACCGCCGCCGCCACCACCUCCGCCACCACCACUGGCUAAAUUACCGGCAGUGAUUAAGUCCGACAGCCCUCCACCACCAGCAGCACAGGCUAAGUUACCUGCAAUGAUUAAGUCAGGCAAUACUCCACCUCCUCCACCACCACCACCAGCUAAAUUAUCGACAAAGAUUAAGUCCGGCAAUGCGCUACCACCACCACCACCACCACCACCACCUUGUGAAAUUCAGCAAAAUGGACCUCCAUUGCCAAAGCUUAAACCAUUGCACUGGGACAAAGUAAGAGCUACUCCUGAUCAUUCUAUGGUGUGGGACAAGAUUAGAUCAACAAGUUCAUUUGAGUUGGAUGAGGAGAUGAUAGAAUCAUUAUUUGGAUAUAAAACACAAAGUUCAGUAAAGAGUGAAGAAGUGAAGAGCAAGACAGCAUCACCUAGCAUUACCAAGCAUGUCCUUGAGCACCAAAGAUUGCAGAACAUUAUUAUAUUGUUGAAAGCCUUGAAUGCUUCUACUGAACAAGUCUGUGAUGCUUUAAUGCAAGGAAGAGGAAUGUCUGUCCAACAACUGGAAGCACUAGUAAAGAUGUCUCCAUCAAAGGAAGAAGAAGAAAAACUCUUAAGCUAUAAAGGAGAUCUCAAUGACUUAGAUCCAGCUGAGAAGUUUAUCAAGGCAUUACUAAACAUACCAUUUGCUUUUCCAAGGAUAGAGGCCAUGUUAUACAUUGAAACUUUUGAAGAUGAAGUUUUUCAUCUCCGAAAAUCCUUUGAAAUGCUAGAGGAAGCAUGCAAAGAACUAAGAUCAAGCAGACUGUUUUUAAGAUUACUUGAAGCUGUGCUGAAAACUGGGAAUAGAAUGAAUGUUGGGACAAUAAGAGGAGGUGCAAAAGCAUUCAAACUUGAUGCAUUGCUAAAACUAGCAGAUGUGAAAGGAACAGAUGGAAAGACAACUCUACUGCAUUUUGUAGUUCAAGAAAUAAUUCGUUCUGAAUGUUCUAGUGCUAAAGAUGUAAUGACAAGUGAGAAGAAGUUAAAGCCAAAAGCUGAUGAAAAAGAAGAAGAACAUAGAACCAUUAUGGGUCUUGAUCUUGUCUUAGGACUUAGCAAUGAGCUGUCUAAUGUCAAGAAGACUGCAAGCAUGGAUUUGGAUGUCUUGAUAAGCUCUGUUUCUAAUCUCUCAAAUGGAAUGAACCAGUUGAAACAUUUGGUUGAGAUUGAGAGUGGUGGAAGUUUUGUUGGUUCUUUAAAUUUGUUUCUGAAACAUGCUGAAAGAGUCAUUGGAGAGCUCAAGGAUGAAGAGAAGAGAGUAUUGUUGCAUGUCAGAGAGAUCACUGAGUACUAUCAUGGCAGUGUUAGCAAGGACGAAGCAAACCCGCUGAGGAUCUUCGUUAUUGUGAAGGAUUUUCUGUCGAUGUUGGAUCGGGUUUGUAAAGAUGUUCGGAGCUUGAAGAACAAUCCUGUUAUUCCAUUUCGAUAGUUAGAUGGUAUGAAG